AUGCCAGGCGACCUAAAGCACUUUCGUCCUCCUCUCAUAAGACCUACAGUACGCAAAACACACAUUCGACAAAUGGCACACAAGCCCAAAAUCGUGCAGCUCAAAGAGAAGCUCGUUCACUUCCUGGUAAGUUAUUGGCCCACAGUCAAAUCCUCGACCUGCACUUACCUGUCAAAAGCUUGGAUAAGCUCGUACGAAGACGACGAUGAAUCAGCACCGUUACAACCGAAAAGGGUUCCCACCCCUUCAAGAAUACAUCCAGCACAGCAUGGUUCUACUCCAACUCCAUCAACACGAAGAAUUUCUCUCGAUGGAUAUGUUGAUUCCGAUGAUGACACCUACAAUGCUACAAGCGAUAAGAAAGUAGAGACAGGUUUCUUUGGUGGCGUGCGCGAACCGGUCAAAGGGAGGAAAUGGGAUCAUGCUAGAGAUGCGGAACCUGUUAUUGUAAGAUCUGGGGUACAAUCGAAUGCUGCCGUAUGGCGAAAUUUUAUCAAAGCAUCUACGUAUGGUGCACCAGAAGGAGAGGAACACACGCUCGUUGACCAUGCCUUUUUGAACAAUCUAACUCCUGGUUACGAUAGACCAUGGUGCGGAGAUUUGGAGAAAGGAGAAGGUGAUGAUGACGAUAAUAUCACAUCUCUCAUCUACAACAAAAAGAAACGGGAGUCUUUUUACAAACGCGUGCAGCAAACUAUUCUCAUGAAUCCUUAUGUUCCCCUUAUUUUUCGCCUUAUUGUGCUUAUAACUUCUAUCAUCGCCUUGAGCAUCGCAGCCUCAGUUCAUCAUCUUUCGAAUAAAUACUCAUAUUCUCAAAGUCCAUCUACAACUAUGGCAAUUGUUGUAGAUGUAAUUGCUAUCCCGUAUACUCUCUACAUGACUUGGGAUGAAUAUACAGGCAAACCUUUAGGCCUUCGAGCACCGAAAGCCAAGAUCCGACUCGUUCUUUUAGAUCUUUUUUUCAUUAUUCUUGAGGCUUCUAAUUUGACCUUGGCGUUUGAUGCGAUAUCAGACAGCAACGGGAGCUGCAAAGUCGGAAACACGGGGUAUAACGGCGUGGUUUGCCAUAGAGCUAAGACGCUCUGUGCUAUAAUAACGAUAGCAUUGAUUGCAUGGGGAAUGACUUUUGCAGUUAGCAUAUUCCGACUUGUAGAAAGGGUGGGUGGUCGAGAAGAGGCUGAAUGA